ACGCUCCAAUUGCCAAUUGAAUUACCCCAUCCCCAAUCUGUUCGUCUGAACAAAAUUCGAGCAAAAACUGAACAAGAGAACCUGAAAUGGAGGGGGCUUCUCUAGCGUUCACUACAGCCUCAUCAGCACAUUCAACUUUCCUUCACCAUAGGCCAACCAUUUUGGAACAAUCCCACACCAAUUCCUGCAUAUUACAUCCCAUAAGUUCGCCCAUUUCAAGCAAUAUAUGUAGAACAAGAAAAGGCAAAUUUUCAGUGAAAGCAGUAAAUCAGAGUUCUUCUUCGAGAAAUCAAACUUUAUCGAGUAGCUGGGAUGUCUCAAAUUAUGCAGCUCCUUCAUGGCUACCCAGAUUCGAAGAGCUUGACACCACUAAUAUGCUCCUUAGACAGAGAAUUAUCUUCUUGGGUACUCAGAUAGAUGAUGAGACAGCGGAUUUCAUCAUAACCCAGCUGUUAUUGCUAGAUUCUGAGGACCCGAAAAAAGAUAUCAGAUUGCUUAUUAAUUCACCCGGUGGUUCUGUUACUGCUGGAAUGGGCAUUUAUGAUGCAAUGAAAUUGUGCAAGGCUGAUGUUUCUACCGUCUGCAUGGGCCUUGCUGCAUCCAUGGGUGCAUUCCUCCUUGCCUGUGGUAGUAAAGGGAAAAGGUUUUGCAUGCCUAAUGCGAGGGUCAUGAUCCAUCAACCUCUUGGAACUGCUGGGGGCAAAGCGACAGAGAUGAGCAUACGCAUAAGAGAAAUGGCAUACCACAAAGUUAAGCUCAACAAAAUACUAUCUCGAGUCACAGGGAAGCCUGAAGAGACGAUUGAAGUGGAUACUGAUCGUGAUAAUUUUAUGAAUGCUUGGGCGGCAAAAGAGUAUGGAUUAGUCGAUGCCGUUAUUGAUGAUGGCAAACCAGGACUCGUCGCACCCAUUGCAGACGUGUCACCUCCACCCAAAACCCGGGUAUGGGAUCUUUGGAAAAUAGAAGGCAGCAAGAAAGCCAAGAAGAAUUUGCCAUCGGAAGAAAAGAUUUCGCAAAAUGGAUAUGCCAGUGAGCAGAGAAAUGAUGACGACAGAGGUACGGAAAAGGAAGAGGAAGCACCUGCGCCUAUAUGAGGCUCAUGGCGGAUAAAGGGAAGAGGAAGCACCUGCUCCUAUAUGAGGCUCAUGGCGGAUAUUUCUUGUACACGCUGUAACAUUGAACAGCUCAGUAGUUCUUUUUAUGUGUAGUUGAGCAUUAUCUGAAUACAAAGAAAAUGUGAAAUUCAAACUAGGACUGUUUUUUGUUCUUUUCCUUCUCAGUUUUAUAAUGAAAACUGAUUCUUCUGUUUCUCGAGUUAAAUGGGAAGAUCUAAACUUUCUUCCAUGCAAAAAUGAAUAGUCUGAUAUUUCUUUCUUC